UCGAUUAGCAGAGUCCGUACAACUGAGCAGCAGAUGGCAGCAGAUCAGAUAUGUAUUUUAGCUGUAGAUGGUACAGCUCAACGGUACUGAGAAAGAGAGAAUAAAAUAUAAAAGAAGUUCAGACUGUGUGUAUACUUUGUUUCGACGAACAUUAAAAGUCCCGGCAAGGUGUGCUAUGUGGUAGGAAUACAACAGUUCCCGCAUGUGUAUUAAAAAUAUGUGAUAUGCAACUGCUAUAAGAUAAAUAGAUCAACUCAAUUUAUUUGGAAGAUCUGAGUAAUUGCUCAAGAUGUCCGUUAACGACACGAAUGACGUGAUUAUGAUAGACGAUAACGAAUAUCAAGUCACAGAGAACGACGAAAUAGCUGCCAUCGAUUACGAGCUACAACAAAUAGAGACUGAAUUGCAGAAACUCCAGGAUCGUAAGAAGAUAUUGACUCAGCGCAAGGAGAAAUUGCGUGACGACGUCCUCUUAAAGAAAAGUUUCUCCUUGUCCAAGAAAGAUUGGAGCAAUGAAGACUUCGGUUGGUCCGUGGAGCUCAAAAAGUCUUUGAAGGACAUCUUUAAAAUAGAGAAAUGGCGAGAAUUACAAUUAUCUACAAUAAACGCAAUUAUGUCGAAGGAGGAUGUCAUACUAAUUAUGCCGACGGGCGGUGGCAAGAGCUUAUGUUACCAGUUGCCAGCCGUAAUCAGUAAGGGCAUAACCAUAGUGGUCUCGCCACUGGUGUCCUUGAUGGAGGAUCAGUUGCACGGAUUACGCAGGCUCAACGUGAAGGCUACGAUGCUGUGCGCGAAGGCCGACAAAGAGAACGUUAAGAUGACCAUGAAUGCCCUCGUCGACAAGAAAUCCGGUCUUAAGCUGAUUUACGUGACGCCAGAGUACAUGGCGAAAUCGAAUCGUUUCAUGAGCAAGCUGCAAAAGGCGUACGAGCUGGGGAACCUGGAACGCUUCGCCAUCGACGAGGUUCACUGUUGCAGCCAGUGGGGUCACGAUUUCCGGCCGGACUACAAGUUCCUGGGCGUGCUGAAGUCCAUGUUUCCGGGCAUACCGAUCCUAGGACUCACCGCCACGGCUCCGGCCAAGAUAAUCGUGGACGUGCAGAAGAUGCUGGACAUGAGCGGUUGCCUGGUCCUACGCGCCUCUUUCAACAGGCCGAACUUGUAUUACGAGGUGCGCCGCAAGCCGGCGGACAAGGAAACGUGCCUCGCGAUGAUAGAGAACCUGCUGAAGAACAGAUUCAACGGCAAAUCUGGCAUAAUCUACACGACCACGAUCAAGGACGCCGAGCAGCUGGCUACAGAUCUGAGAGAGAAAGGCAUCAAGGUCGGAUGCUAUCACGCGAUGCUCGAGGCGGACUACAGAUCAGAGGUCUACUCCAAGUGGAUAUCAGGGAAAUAUCAGGCGGUGGUGGCGACCAUUGCCUUUGGACUGGGCAUCGACAAGCCAGAUGUGCGAUUCGUGAUACACCACUGCGUCUCGAAGUCGAUGGAGAACUUUUACCAGGAGAGCGGCCGUGCGGGCCGAGAUGGCAAGAAAUCGGUGUGCCUCGUGCUCUACAGAUUGCAAGAUGUGUUCAAACUGAGCACCAUGGUGUUCCAAGACAAGGUCGGACUGCAAAACCUGUACAAAGGAUUAGCGUACUGCCUGGAUCGGACAUCCUGCAGGCGAAGCUUGAUAGCGACUCACUUCGAGGAAACGUGGAACGAAAGCGACUGCGUCGAGAUGUGCGACCACUGCAGGAAGCCCAAUGUCAAAAAGGAAAACAACAUAGCGCAAUAUUGCAGACAGUUGUAUCAGAUCAUGACCAGAGCCGUGCAAAACGAGACUCGGUUGACCGCGCUGAAACUAGUUGACGCCUGGUACGGUAAAGGUGCUACGUCGUUGCGGGUGUCCAACGUGCCCGUGCCGAAAUUUUCGCGGGAAACCGCGGAGGCUAUUGUAGGACAUUUGCUGGUGAACGGUUACCUGCAGGAAGACUUCCAUUUCUCCGCGUAUUCUACGAUAUCGUAUCUCAAACGUGGACCCAAGUCGGGACUAGCUCUCGACAAUGAUCACAAGAUACUCUUCAACUACGAGUUACACUAAAUGCUUGACAUAAUUGACGACGUGAUAAUACACGGAAGUUUUUAUAAUUUAUUUAUAUUACAAGAGACGGUAGUGCUUCGCACGAAGCGUACACGCGAAACGUGUGUGUAAUACAAUUAAUAAUACAAUUGUUUAUUAUUUGAAUUUUUUUCUGUUUUAGUCUACAUUUUCAAAUGUUCAUAGUCAAAAUAUUAAAUAUUAAUGUAUCUACGACGCUCACUUUAUUGAUAUCAAAAAUUAGUUAUCAAUAUUAUAUGAUAAGUAAGACGAAUUAAAUCGCUUGCUGUGAUA